AAUUCGAGGCAGUGCGAUUCACAAGCUUGAGGAAUUAAGACGCGAUCUGUGCGAAAUCCGGCCUAUUAUCUGGUACACCCAUCUCGAUACAUAAAUACAUAUGUGCACGGUGUACAGUGGCUAUUAGUGGUGUUAUUGUCGGUGGCGCAGGUGAUUAUUAAGAGCAUAGUCACAUUUGAGUCUUUGUUCAGUUUGCGAUGGUAUACAGUGGUGGUCGGAAGAUCUGAGAAUUUCGAAAAAUAGGAAGUCGCUAGGGAAACCGUCGUGCCGUUAAUUUAAAUGAGAUAAAUUACUCAAUUCAGUUAACAGAAUUGUGUUAGAAGUCUAGCAGUGAAAAUCGUUUUCCAGUUGUUCAUGUUUUGUAGAAACACUAUCGACAAAGUGUGUAAACAGUGCUAGUUACCUGCUCUGGAUAAUUAAUAUUUAAUCUCAAUCAAUCCAGUUUCAAAUUAAAAUGUCCGGCAUCGAGGAUACACAGCAUUUAAUAGGGAUCCCAGAAUGGUACGCUGGUAAAAAUAUCUUCAUAACUGGUUCCACGGGAUUUAUGGGGAAAGUUUUAGUUGAAAAACUUUUACGUGACUGCCCCGAUAUCAACUGCCUCUAUCUGCUAAUUCGCAGAAAAAAGGGCAUGGAACCGGCCCAGCGCAAAGAGGAGUAUUUUAGUUCAGAGAUUUUCGAUCUACUCCGCAAAUCCAAUCCUGGACAAUUUGAAAAAAUUCGAAUAAUCAAAGGAGAUGUUCUACAAGACAACCUCGGCAUCAGUGAAGAUGACCACGCUGAACUGAUGAAAAAUGUGAAUGUUGUUUUUCAUUGUGCUGCAAACGUUCGUUUUGACCAACCUCUACGGCAGGCCGUAGAAAUGAAUACAGUUGGUACCCAUAGAGCUCUGCAACUAGCUGAGGGAAUAAAAAAUCUUAAAGUGUUCGUGCACGUCUCAACUUCAUAUUGCCAUUGUAAUGAAGAUGUCUUGGAAGAGCAUGCCUAUCCGUCGCCACAUAACCCCAUUGGAAUUAUCCACAUGAUUCGAUCUCUGAAUGAUGGAUUGUUGGAGCAAAUAACGCCAAAACUUUUAAAUGGACUUCCUAAUACAUACGCAUACACAAAAGCCCUAACAGAGGGACUCGUUCAGACCUACGAUGGUAAACUCCCCAUCAUCGUAUGCCGACCAUCAAUUGUGACUGCCGUGAAAAGUGAACCUCUUCCUGGCUGGGUGGAAGGAACGAACGGACCUACAGGUCUUAUGAUUGGAGCCGCACGAGGCGUGAUACGCACUAUGCACUGUAAUCCUGAUUAUCCUUCCGACUUGGUACCUGUGGACACAGCCAUAAAUGCACUGAUAGUAGCCGCAUGGGACCGGGCUCAAAUGCAAACUAAUCACAUUGAAUUCAUGAAUGUUUGUUUGUCACACAAGAAUUUACCAACUUGGGGUGAAAAUUUGGAGACAGGCAAGAGGAUUUUCUAUGAAAAUCCGCUGUGCUUUUCACUUUGGUAUCCUGAUGGUUCUAUAAAGAGUAAUUACUAUCAUCAUCUGUUUGCAGUUUUGUUCUUCCACUAUUUGCCAGCAUACCUAAUUGAUAUGGGUUUAGUCUUGAUUGGCCAAAAGCCGUUCCUUGUUCGUGUCCAGAAAAAAGUUUCCACAGGCCUGAAAGUCCUACAAUACUAUACAACGAAAAUCUGGGUUUUCAAAAAUGACAAACUAGAGAACUUACCGCAGAAACUUUCUCCCCGUGAUCGGGAACGAUUUGAUUUAACAGUCGAUCAAAUCAAUUGGGAGAAGUAUUUGCACGACAUGAUCAUGGGAGUUCGAGUAUACCUUCUAAAGGAGAGUCCUGAAACUAUCCCACAAGCCCGUCGAAUCCUUCGUCGUCUCUAUAUUUUGGAUCGUGUCAUUGUCUUCGCUUUCUACGGUCUUAUGUUCUGGUUCCUUUGGAACUAUUUGGAGGUAAUUUUAGAUUCAAUUGGUGGAUUUUUUAAUUUAUGUUUAGGUUUUACGCACAGUGUUUAACUAAGUUAUGAUUUUUAGUAUAAGAUGUAAGUUUAUUGUCAUUUUUUUUGUACAAUAAAGUUAUUGUUUUUAUUUAAUCGAA